AUGUGUAUAUGUAAAGACCCGUUUAAUUGUACAUCGUGCGUGUUUUUACCCAAACAUUCGUUACUACCAUCGAUUAGACAAUGUCGAGCACAUUUAGAACCGUCACCAAUACAAUUAAUACAUUUAGUGCCUAAUAUAAAUAAUUAUGCCUAUUGUUUACAUCAAAAUUGUUGUAUUAAACCGUUAUAUACUUCACAUGUUUGCACUCUUUGUCAAUUACGAAUAAUAACGACGGAUGAUGAUCGAUGCUAUCAAGUGUGUAGUAAUGACAAAAGAUGUGGUGUACUCUGUUUACAACCGAAAGUUUCAUUUUUUAUGAAAUGUGAUUGUGAUUCAAAUCGUCUAAAAAAUGUCACUUGCGGCUGUAUUAAGUAUUCAACAAAUGUUCAAAAUAUGGAUAAUCAACAAGAUUAUUGUCAACAUACUGUUCUACCACCAACAACAACACCUCGAUGGAUGCAAAAGAGUGGAUUUCCGGCUGCUGGUAUAUUACUUCUAGUCAUUAUUGGUGCAGCUGUUAUAAUUGCUCUUAUAAAAUUUAUUCAUCAUCAUUUACAUGGAGUUCCUACUUCAGUGAAUAAUACGAAUCAAAAUAUUGUACGAAUUUACAAUCAUCCGUCCACUGUACCCAUUUGUUAUCAAGCUGAUAUAUCAGAUAUUGGAGAUAAUCAUUCACAAUAUGGAAUAAAAUUACGAGAUUCAUCAUAG